UUCCUCCACUUCGAGGAGUGCGCUGCUUGAGACGCGUCGCUCGGCUCAGUUCGAAUCAGUUUCGCGCGAGGAGUGCCGGCGUGCGCACACGCAACUGACUUAGCUGUUUACUUAAGUUUUCGACACGUUCGUAUUGAUAUAGAAGUAAUACUUUUACCUUUUACUAUUUGUAUUUACGUCGUGUGUACUUUGUGUGGUGAUUUUUCGAAGUGACUUAAGUUAAGUAGCUUUGGGAUUGUUUUUAUCAUGGUGUUAUCUUUCUCGUGCGGUUGAGGUUGAUGCCGGCGGCGAAGAACGGAAUGCCGAGCGUGCGUGGACUGGUCGGUGUCCAGCCGAACAUAACCUUAAGACAAGACGCUUAAGAAGAGACUUAAGACUUAAGUCACAUAAAAUUUUUUAAAUUUUAUGAAAAAUUUUUUAUUUUGUGUUUUGAAAUUAAUAAUUAAUAAUUUGAUUUAAUAUAAAUGUGUAUUGUUGCAUUUGACUUAAGUUAAGUAAGUGUUUGGAUUAUCAUCAGCGGAAAGAACAAAUAAAAAGUGUACGGCCAGGAAAUCAAUGUUGUUUUCCCGUUUGUGUCAGCAUUAGAAACUUCUCCAAUAAUUUCGAUUACACUAUGUUUCCACUCUGUAAAAACCUCGGCGGGCGCUGGAUAACAAAAAUCCUCCUCCUGGCCGUGUUCCUCAUCAGCUGCCUGAUGAUCAUCGAGCAGCUGACAACCACCAUCGACGUGACCAUGGUCCCCCACCUGCCAUCACGCUUCCUCCUCGCGAAAAACCACGACACACUCACACGCCACGCCGACUCCACCACCGAGGGCUUCGACCAGGACCCAUCCAUAGACCGCUCACCUUCACUAACCGAAGACAAACUCGUCGAAGAGAUCCAAAACAAAAUGCCCUCCUUACCCAUCGUCUACUGGAACAAAUACAAGAAUAAACCAAUGGGGAUGAAUUCAACCUGCGCAAGGUUUCCAAGCAUGUUCGAUCUGGAAUUCAACAAUCUCUACUGGCAAACGUUGAGGACCAGUGAUGGGACUUUUCAAUUAUAUGGUGCUUAUUUAGAUAAACGUGCACAGAACCGCCUGGGACCAACUGUGAGGAUACUGGGGAUGAUUGAUAGAAUUGAACCAUCUGUAGUAACUUAUUGUCAGUUAUGGUUCGAAGGGAAGAAGGAACCCGUGAUUACAAAAUCCUUUGAAUAUAAGUAUAUCUGGUAUAAGAAGUGGGGUAAUUACAAACAGGGUAUCUACCAACCUUAUUUGACAGCAUGUGUCUUACCCAUUGGAUACAAAAAUCAAAUUCCUGCAAGUGUUUCACUAGUGGAGAAAUGCGACAAUGCCACGAAUAAUUUGAGGGUUAUUUAUGAACGGCCUGAAGUAAAGAAAGAUUUUGCUGUUUGUGUCAAAGGAUUAGACUUCCUGCAUGAGGAUCUAUCAGUCAGACUGGUUGAAUGGAUUGAAUUGUUGAAUAUUCUUGGGGCUGAUAAGGUUUUCUUUUAUAAACUACAAACACAUCCUAAUAUCACCAAAGUUUUGGAUCAUUAUGAACAAGAAGGUAAAGUCCAAGUUACUCCUAUAUCCCUAGCUGGAGGUCAGCCCAAUGUGCCAUCCUUCCAACACUUGUACCUCACAAAGAAAACCAACAACAAGCGACAGAAUGAGCUGAUCCCAUACAAUGACUGUUUCUAUAAGCAUAUGUACGAAUACAAGUACAUUGCUCUACUAGACAUCGACGAGGUGAUCAUGCCGAAAGACAUGCGCACAUGGCGUGAGUUAAUGGACGUCGUCCUGCCGAAGUCUCGCAAAAUCAACAAGGAAGACCGCGCUUCCUAUAAUGUCCGCAAUGUGUACUUCCUGGAUGAUUUACUGCAUGACCACGGAUGGUUUAAAGAAGUCCCUAAGUACAUGCAUAUGUUACAGCAUGUUUACCGUGCGAAGAACUUUACUAAACCUGGGCAAUACGUGAAAUGUUUCCAUAAUACAGAGAAGGUUUUAACACUGCAUAAUCACUUCCCACUCUCAUGUCUGGGUAGUUCAUGCACGUCUUAUCCCAUAGAAACACAGGAUGCACAACUGCAUCAUUAUCGUGCUGAUUGUGUGAAGACGCUGAAGAAAAGCUGUGAGGAAUACAGGAAGACCAGUGUGAUGGAUACGACGAUCUGGAAGUAUAAGGAGCCGUUGGUUGCGAGGGUUUCUAAUACCCUGAGGACGCUGGGGUUCUUUGAUACGUCGAAUAGUGUCAAUAACAAGCGAUAGUUGAGGUGUUAUUGAUUUGAGAUUAUAGAUUAGGUAAAGGGGGGUUGAUUAUGAUGUCACAGGGUAACGAGGGUAGUAAGCUAAGGCAUUGCUCGGGGCAGGAGUACUUAACUAUUUUGUAAGCUCAUAUAAAUGUGAUCGAGUGACGGUGCUCAAACUAACACGAGGAGAGGAUUUAGCUGCCAUUAUUAUUGUCCACACUAUGUCCACCAUCUUGAAAUUGUGCGAAUGUUUUACUUAGGAUACUUUAUGAUUUUGAUUUUGAUUUUGUUUUAUUAGUCAUUUUGUUACAUUUGUAUAUAGCGCAACGUAUUAUCCAUACAUCCACCUAUCAUCCACUGUGUAUUUUAUUCUAGCAGCGUAAGUAAUUAAUUAUGUGAUAAAAUUUGAAAAUGAUGGAUUUAGCAUGAUAUUUAAGUCAAAGGAAGUCACAAAACGACUGAUAUACAUUGUAUUUAUUUUCAUUUGUGUAUUUGAAGCGUAAGAGUUAGGUUUAUUUUAGUCUUGUAUGUAAUAUAAUGUUUUAAGUGCGAUUGAAAUAAACUAUUUAAUUUAAAA